AUGAGCAAGACACUCGCUCUCCUCGUCCUUUUCGUCGCCGCGCUGGCCCUGGCCACCUCCGCAACACCGUCGGUCUACCUGGUGCAAGUCAAUCUCGACCCCACCACCCUGCAGGAGUUGCACGACACGCAACAGACAGUCUUGAUAGCCCAGCAGGCCCCGCCGGGCUGCUGGAGCUCGGUGUGGGGCUCCUUCGCCCAGCCCUUCUCCCACAACUACCUCGUGUGGAACGAGACCGGCACCUCGGUCUAUGCCAGCACCUCCGCCUUCGGCGAGGGCCACCCGAUUCACAUCGGGGCCUUCCAGCGCUACGUCCAGCCGCAGCACGGCUACGACUUCAAGGACGGCGCGUUCAGGCGCCAGGUGUACCAGGACUGGCUCGACGAGGACCAGCUGGCCAUCAACAACCUUGAGACCGAUGUGUACUACUUCGGCCUGGCUCAGGACAUCAACGUCAACUCAGAGGAGAUCGCCAUGCCGCCGCUCUACUCGUGCGAGAUGAUGGGCAUGGAGUACGAGGUGUUCACCCCCAGCUCCAGCUUCUACAUCUUCCUCGGCGGGCGCACGACGGCGCCGGGCACCAUGACCCGCGACCUGAGGCGCGUGGCCCGCUCGGCCCUCACCCUGGUUCGGUUCGACCCCGGCACCACCAAGAUCAACCUCUCUUGGAACCGUAGCGUCGGCCGAUUCGUGGUCGAGUGA